GGAAAGUGGAUAGGCCAAAAAAGAAGGAAAAUGAAAGCAGAACAGAGGAAAAAGAAAGUGGGAGUGAAGAUGGUUGGAAGGAAAAGCACAAAUAUCGUCAAUCGGAAUGGAAACGGACUAGAUCUAGGGUUCGUGGAGGUCAUGGGAAAGAAAAUCGCCAUUUGUUCUCUACACUAAGUCAGAAACCAGUCCCUUAA